UCCGACUAUAGGGAAUCACUCCCGCGCUACAUGUCGCUGAUUUUUUAAGAUGAGACUGCCUGCACACAAGACAGCAAGGUCGUGCGUUAACGCGCUCUGAUACAACACUGAGCCGACUGCCGCGCAAAGCUCCCGAGACGCAAUUCAAACAGUGACUGCGCUGGCGAGGCUGUUCCUUCUUUCUCUCUUUCAGACUCACAUACACACACCCCUUGAACACGCACAUUCGCGUUCAGUUUGUUGAGCUUGGGGAUCUAGUGACUUAAUUUGGUGUGCAAGACGAAUCCCACAUCAGAGAGCAAUAGAAGAUAAGGACACCGUCAGAUCGCGCAAAUCAGAUGCAUUAGCUCAAUGGCGGUACCAGUGAACUUCUGUUGUCUAACUAUCCUAAGCGCAUACUUUGCGCUUACGGCUCAAGCGGACUGUGGCACCGACUGUGCGUUCUGCGCAGUGCAGGAGAGAUUCCGAAAAUCCGAUAUCAACCCAACAAUGUGCAUGUGGCAGUGCGAGGCUGACUUCUCCGGCGGCAGCUCGUGGGGUCCAUGCCGAGACCUCCUGCAGAGCUCCAGCACAGCUGCCACUGAGAGCGAGGACCUGCCUGUCGAGACAGAGCCGCAGGAUUCCGCCCAGCACCAACUGGCAAAGAAGUACGGCGGCUUCAUGAAGCGUUACGGCGGGUUCAUGAAGCGUUAUGGCGGGUUCAUGAAACGCUACGGCGGGUUCAUGAAGAAGAGCGAUGAGACGUACGGUCUGUCAGCCAGUGACGUCAUCAACGAUGACGUUGACCACGGCCGAGAGAUCCUGACGUUUCGCACGGAGCGGGGCGACAGCGAGAAGGGCACAGUGGACGCUCUCAGCCUGCUGAGGGAGCUGCUCGCCGCCAAGGGCGCGGAUGAGGCAGGCGGCGGGAGCAUGGCCAAGCGCUACGGGGGGUUCAUGCGGAGGGCCGGCGUGUAUGACUCUCUGAGCGGGGGGGCCCGACCCCUGCAGAAGCGCUACGGCGGCUUCAUGCGGCGAGUGGGCUGGCCCGAGUGGCUGGAGGAAAGCAAGCGCUACGGGGGGUUCAUGAGGCGCUCAGCUGGGCCCGAGGAGGGGGUGGAGGAGGAGGUCGGUGUGGAGGAGGAGGAGGGGGCGCCGGAAGAGCAAGAGCCAGACAUGGAGAAGAGGUAUGGGGGAUUCAUGGGAUACUGAGCUGCCUACAGACUGAUCGACUGAUUGAGACAUCUUCGGUUCUGCCCCCUCCGUUCUCCUUGUAUCUGUUCUGGUUUUGGUCCUGUUCUGCUUGGUCCCGGUUCUGCUCCUGCUGAGUCCUCUUCUUCUUGUUUGGCUAUGUUCCCCACCUAACUCCAUCCGCUGAGACUCCAGACAUGUGCAUGUCUGCAGGCGUCCACUCGGAUAGUGAAACAUAGACAUGUGCACAGCUCUCAUCCCUCAGUACUUUGCCCUGAUCAUUUAUCUAUUUAUCUGGCCCUUUUCUCUUCACCUUCACAGACACUCUCUCCUUAACUGCUGCAUGUUGAAAUUAAUUGAAACACACAAAACACAAAGGUCCACAUUUAAUAAAACUGCCAAUUAAAACAAAGCAUUACUGUUACCCUGGUAACGGUUGAAUAUAACUGCGAUAUUCCACACUCUCAAAUGUUCUAACCAAAACUGUCACUUUUUACACAUAAUCAGUCAUGACAGCCCAUUCUGCUCCUCUGUUGCCUGUACAGAUCUCUCUCAUGGUUGUUAGUGACACCGAGUUCAUUCUAAUUUGUGCUUGUAGGUAUACAUACCUCUUUUGUACUCAUUUGUCUCUUUUUUAUUUGUGUGUCUCCUGUCUGAAUCACAUAGCUGUACAGAUGAAAUAAAGUGGUCUAACUGCA